AUGGAUUCAUCGCCGACAUCAUCAUCAUCACAGAGGACAGGUCGCGGACCACUACCUAAUAGUGUGGUCUCAUUCAUGAAAAAGAUGGUCACGAAAAGCGGAUCACCCGAUAGAUCCACUACUGGUUCUCCAUUGAACAGUCCAUCUCAUAGUCUAAUGUCGAGUCCAUCGCCGGCUUCAAUGUCCGUAUGCUCGACAUCGUCCGGCGGCCAGUAUUCAAGUAGCAGUGGUCAUCAUCAGCGUAGUCAUCAUCGGCAACAGUCCAUAUCCAGUGGCGGCGGCGCACACAUGUCUUCGCCGAGCACUGGCGGACCGUUUAGCCGUAUAAGGGAUACAUUGUCGCACAAAAUGCUCGCCUCCUUAACCAAUCAUCAGUCGUCCUCACUGUCGACCGACCAGUUGACAGCCCAUCUGACUGAUGAAGAGCGCAAUAUAUUGCAGAAAGUCUUUCAAAAAGAGGAACAAUUCCGGGAAUUUGCUCUCAAAGGUUUAAAAGCCAGUGAUUUAAUGGUUGAACCGGAAUGCGAUCCAUCAAACAAAAUGAUUGGCAACUGUAGGAUAUGCAGGAAAGGUAUCGAUGAAAACGAGAAUUUYCACACCUGUAGUAAUUGUCAUCAAUUGGUUUGCGAUGACUGUUCAUCAUAUUCAUCGAGAGAUGAAUCUAAAUAUUGGAUGUGUAGUUUUUGUCGACGUCGAGGCUCACACUUGAUCGCUACUACCGGUGCAGCAGCCGAACCAUUAGUUAUCAAAAGGACRCCAUCGUUCAAUCGUAUGACACAUUACGGUUCGGGCGAUUCCUGUCGCGGUCUAAAUGUAUCGAAAUCGACAUCAAAUAUGCCGUUAUCGCCGGUCAGUAAACGUCGGCCAUCGCUGACCGAUCAGACCACUAGUCGACAGCAUUCGCUAGAAAUGAAGAGCACCACAAAGUCAGUCUCAAUGACAACAACGACGGCCUCAAUGAUGUCAACCUAUAGUAAGUCACGCAAACAAAGUGUCCAUCGGUCGCAUUCGCGGCCGACGUCUCCGCCCGAUAUGUAUGGCUCACAGGACAGGUACGCGUCGUCRGAGGCCUUGAGCGACAGUCGCCGGUCGUCCAACGACUCGGCCGCUGUUGUCGGAGUACCGCAUCUACCGACCAGUGAUUCAGGAUUCAAAUCGCGCGACGAGUUCCGCACCAAAUCGUUUUCCGUGUCCGACGACGACGACGAUGACUCGUCCAAUGAUGACAUUAAUGAAGGAUUUAAUAGAUCGUUGGGUGGCGUCGGUCAUCAUCAUCACCAUCACCCGCAUCAUCAUCGGCGACAGAGAUCGAAAAAAUCGCGUAUUCAUCGCCAGAAACGGUCGCUAACUAAUGAUGACGAACUGGUCGUCCAAAGUAAUAAUAAUAUUAACAACAAUAACACAACAAUCAGUAUCGGCGGCAUCGGUGUCGGCGGCCAACUGAUAGCCAAUAAUAAUAAUAAUAAUAAUAAUGACACGUAUUUGAGACAUAUAUCUUCCGAUGCGAUGAUUUACUCCCGAAAUAAUGGGUUUCAAACGCGAAAAAGUUCCGAAAGUUCCGACGUUAGCGAUAUGAGGUUUAGUCCGCCACCGGAAAGCCUGACGCCGUCAUCGGAGUACUCGCGGUCGCCGCGCGAAUCGGCCGACUCGGAUAUGUUGGGUUUGCCCACUUACUCGAAUCUACACACUCAACGACGGUCAAUACCGUCKGUUCUGGUGGAYGUAGUGGACACCAAUCAUCUSACACUGAAAGACUGUCUGCCGAGACGCGGAUCAACUGGCCGGGCGCUGCCCAAGACUCCGGUAGAGCCGUCCCGAUCAAUGUUGGAUUUGCCUCAUUCCCGAAAGUCGUCAUCGCACUCGUUAGACUUACCGAUGGAUCAGCCGCGUCGGGCAUCGGCACCGGAGGGCGAAAACAUACGCAUUGUCAUUGACGACGUUGACUCCCGAACCAAUGCAUCGUCCGCUCGUACGUCGGUCACACAGUUUGAACGGGUAAUACUGCACAGAGAUGAUAACGACCGAAGCAAUUUGACCCGCGGUUUCGGACUAAGUGUGAUCGGCGGCAAACUAAGCGAAAUGGAUGGCAAUUUGUACGCUUACGUGGCCUGGACUCAGUCGGGCGGACCGGCCGACAAAAUGGCACUAAAACCGGGCGAUAAGAUACUCGAGUGGGACUCAAAAUCGCUGGUCAACUGUAGCUACGAACAGGUUUGCCAUAUAAUCGACAGUUCCGGCGAUACGGCAGAACUUAUCAUUGAAUCGAUAGUCAAGAGCGAAAAUAAUGGCCACUUUGUUCACCAAAGACGCCGAUUAAGCCAAAUGUUAAGUCAGGCGUCGAUUGAUUUGUCUGGCGUUGGCCAGAGCGGCGGCGCACAAGCGGCUGGUCUAUCAAGUCGGCGACGUCUACCGAAAACACCCGAAUCGCUGCUACUGGCCGGUGGUAGUGGUUCCCAAUCUGAGACAACAACAACAACAAAACAGGGAGAAAUACUAGUUCAGUGUUCACUGGACACCGAUCACAAACAGCUAACCAUUGGUCUGAUUUGCGCCAAACGUCUAACYCUACUUAAUGCACCUGCUUUUGCACAGUUGCAUAUACUACCCGAGCUUGGUUUUAAAAUAUGUAAAACAGAGCCCAGUUUAUCAUUAGAGUGGAACGAGACUAUGAUUUUCCAACAGUUCCCCAUCGAUAAGGUYGCCGAUAUGGCAUUAAGCAUAAGUAUUUGGGAAACAACUACAGGCACUACAGCAGAGACUGUUGUCGCUGCCGYCGAUGCUAGACCACUGGCCACUACGGUUAUACCGUUGCGCAGUGCCGUUCUCCAUCAUAUCGAUUGGUGGCCACUAUUGGCGCCCAAUACGACCGCCCCUUUUAUCAGGGCCACCUCCAUGGAGUAUAUCGCAAUCAAAGGCGACGACCCGAUGACCAACGGCUGGCGUUCAAUGCCCGGCAGUCGACGCAACUCCGAUCGCAGCAGCAUUUGCUACGACCAACUGUCACAGCAUCCGUCAAAACCAUCGUUGGCCUCGUCGGGCAGUGGCCGACAUUCGGUGGACGAAGCGGCGGCUGUCGUCAUGAAUAUACCGCARCAAUUGCGUGGAUCCAAUUUGCGGCUCAAUUCGCGCCAUUCGGUUACCGAUCUCAACCCUCAAGACCCGUCACURAAGGAACUGUUGGCCCCUCAGUACGAUCCGCGGACUCGACGCAAAAGUUCAUCGGCCUUAGCUCAGGCCAAAUUAAAACGAAGUUAUUCGCUGAAAUCGGAUCAGACUAAUAAUACGACGACCAAUAGCCGCAGCGAUAGUGUCGGCUCGGCCUCUGAUCUGUUGUGCGACACCGAAAUGCAGGACAGUGUCGAUACUGGCGUUAUUGGUGGUGGUGGUCAACAGCUGCACCGGCAGCAGUGUUGCGGUGAAAUCAAAUUGGGAUUUAUUAUGACAAAAGGUUUGCUAGAGAUUGAGGUGAUCUGUGCCCGAAAUUUGAUGGUCGGUCUCAACCAACAACCUCCAGACACCUAUGUGAAAAUCUACCUGUGCGAUAAGGGCCGUCAUAUGCACAAACGCAAGACCCGGGUAGUCCAAAGUGAUAGUAGUCCACAGUAUAAGCAAACAUUGAAAUACGACGCCUCAAUGAUCUACGGACGCACACUAUUGGUGUCAAUUUGGGAAAAACAACGGGGUUUUGAACAUAAUAUGCCUAUCGGUGCCACUGAAAUACAUGUUAACAAAUUGGAGCUACAUAAGCUAACCAUUAAAUGGUAUAAAUUGGAUACRUUUGAUAAUGUUAAGCAAUUUUCCGAUUGAUAUUUUCUUUA